ACUUGACUGUUUUCGGUUUCGGGUUUCCCCGUCUCUCUCUUCUGUUUAGGUUUAGUGAUGUCCCACUAGUACUUGCACUACACACUACCUAAUUAAAUCUGAACUGCAACCUCGCCGACUCAGCCCAGAUCUCUCUCUCAAAAUUUUUUUUUUUUUUUUUUUCUAUUUUUCAUUUUCCUUUCUCUAUUCUUUUUUUUGUAAAAAAAAAUAAAAAAUUCCAUUGACUUUGUCUAAAUAUUUAAAGUAACAAUAUUGAUAUUACUGACUUGGAAUAUACAGAUCCACGAUGAUUGAUUCCUUUCCUUACUCUCAAAUUCAAAAAUUUAAUUGAAAAUACAUAAAUAGAUAUCAAAGUCUAGUGUGUAGUGUAGGCUGCUUUGCUUAGUGGGGUAGGGUAAGGGUUUAAGGGGCUAAGGGGCUAAGGGGCAGAGCAGAGGUAAAGUUUAUAUUUUUUUUUUGAUUUUGGUAAACAUGAGAGCGAGAUUGGUAGUGUUCCCGAUUAAAGGGAAGAAUUGGUGCUUCACUCGAUCAAUCAACGACUCGCUUGCUUCUACUACUUUCGGCUCAGGUCCUUCUCAAACACCUUCUACACUCAGAGAACUUUGGCGCAGCAUCUCCUCCAAUUCCAAACCCUUUAACGCCAAUGCAGAACUCCUCAUCGAUUUCGUCUCUCUCAAGAUGAAUAACGCUUGGAUUGGUCUAGAAAAAGCUCCUCAAGGAACUCUCAAGAACAAGAUUCAUUUGUUGGGACUGCGGCUUUUGUCUCGGGUUAAGCCCUCUGAGAUAUUCUUGAAGUCUAUAUCUAAGGAGAUUACAGAUGUUCAAAUUACCUACCCGUCAAGUUUAAAUGCACGACUUGUGCGUAGAAGGUUACGGCAUAUUGCCACGAGGGGAAAUAUCAUCCACAAGAAGUACUUCUAUGGUUCAGUUGCAUUGCUUCCCUUGUCAACUGUAUUUACUGUUUUACCUUUGCCUAAUAUCCCAUUCUUCUGGAUUUUAUUCCGGACUUACUCUCACUGGAGGGCUCUCCAGGGAAGUGAGAAGCUCCUUCAGCUUGUCUCAGAUAGCUCUUCAACUCUCAACUCUUCUACGGGGAAUGAGAAUGAAAUCAAGCAUGAUGGCUCUAAAUAUGGUAUCCAUAAUUCAGUUGUUUCUCCAUGGGUUUUGCAACCAUCAAAGGAACUUGAAGAACUUCUUCAUCGUGUAUAUGGUCAAGACGGUCUUAGUAAAUGUGCCAUUUCAGAUAUUUGCAAGAUCUUUGAUUUGAACACCAAUGAUGUUCUAAAGUACAGGGAUUCAAUGUAGUUAAUAUCAUUGUGUCGUUUGCCAUCUGAAUUGCAAUUGUCAGAUGGCAUUUCAUGGAAAUGAAAUACACUUUCAAUUUCUUUCCCUUCUUUUGAUAUUUGUUCUUGGAAUAACUCUUGUAACCUUGAACGAACAGAAGAAAUUUUGAAUAUACAAGAAAUGCUUGGAUCAAAGUAUCCAACCAUUCAAGGUUUUUCCUGAUA